AUGUCUCUUCUCGGCAACCACCAGAACGAUGUUCUCAAUCGCAUCUUUGCUGGACUCAAGAGCAGAGAUGAACCUACACGACAGGCAGCCGGCGAAGAGCUAAAAUCUCACGUGGCCUUCAUCGUCUCGGAGCUCAAGGGCGACAGCCUCUCUUCCUUCAACAACGAUCUCCACCGCAGAAUCUUCGAGCUCGCACACAGUCAACAUGUUCACGAAAAGCUCGGCGGCAUCAUCGCCAUCGAGGAGCUUAUCGAGCAGGAGAGCGAGGACAACAGCGCGCGUCUAUACCGAUUCUACCAGUACCUCAAACCCAACUUGCCGUGCAACGAUGCUUCCGUCAUGAUCGCAGCUUCCCGCGCUCUCGGCAGAGUCGCCUAUCACGGCGGUCAGUCACUAGGAGAGCAGUUCAUCGAAUACGAAGUUCUGCGUGUUCUCGACUUCCUCCAAGCCGGCGAUCGAAACGAGUCGGGUCGAUAUGCCGCAGUUCUCAUCAUUCGCGAGAUGGCCAAAAGGGUGCCUCAACAGUUUCACCCUUACGUCCCUCGUGUCCUAGACCGUAUCUGGGUGGCUCUUCGUGAUGUUCGCGUCAUCGUCAGGGAAGGUGCAGCAGAAGCCAUGGGCGCCUGCCUCGGCAUCAUCGCUGCGAGGGAAAAGCAGAUGGGCAGCCACUUCUUCGAGUCCAUCUACGAGGAGGCCGAAAAGGGCCUCAAGAUGAGCGCCGCCGAGGCCAUCCAUGGAAGUCUGCUCGCUGUACAACAGCUUCUCCAGCACUCCAAGACCUUCAUGCGCAAUCGCUUCCAACGCGCCUGCGAGCUCGUCUUUCGCCUCCACAAGCAUCGCGAUCCGCUCAUUCGUCGUACCAUCACCAAUCUCGUACCCGUCUUGGCGCGUUAUGACCCACAGUACUUUGCCGAGGAGCAUCUCGGCGCUGUGAUGGGCAUCCUCACCGAGCAGUUGCGCAAAGAAAAAGAUCGCUCACCCAAGGAGUCAGCGCAGACGUUCGAAACCAUCGGCUUCGUUGCUGCUGCCAUGGGCCCCAGGAUGAAGCCUUUCAUCGAGCCUGUCCUGGCUUGCGUCAAGGAAGGCUUGCAGAUGCGUGGAAAGAAGAACGCUACACCAGAAGGCCCCAUCUUCCUCUGCGUCGGCAACCUCGCCACGGCGGUGGGUCCGCACCUCACAAGAUACAUGCAUGACCUGCUCGACCUCAUGUUCUCCUGUGGCCUCAGCAUCCCGCUCGUCACGGCGCUCGAUGGCAUCGUCAAAGCCAUCCCUCCGCUCAUGAAGGUGGUUCAGGAUCGUCUGUUAGACAUGCUGUCCAUGACUCUGAUCGGCCAGCCCUACCGCCCGCUUGGAGCGCCUGCUAGUCUCCGUCCCUCUGCCAAUGCCAGCCGCGAUGUCGUGGCAGCACAGACGGUCGAGUCCAAGGGUGUCGAAACCAUCACAGUCGCGCUUCAGACGCUAGGUCGUUUCGACUUCCAGGGUCACAUCCUCAACGAGUUCGUCCGCAACUGCACGCUCCCCUAUCUCGAGGAUGACCACGCGGCGGUGCGACAGGCUGCGGCCGAGACGUGCGCAGAUUUGUUCGUCAACGAUCCCAUCUGCCGUCAGACCAGCAUGCACGCCAUCGAAGUCGUCAACGAUGUUCUCGACAAGCUUAUGACCGUCGGUAUCGCUGAUCCGGACCCGGAACUAAGAUGGACGGUACUCAGUAAGUUUGGUGCGCAAGAGCAGUUCGACCGUCAUCUCGCCCAGUCCGAGUACGUGCGAUCCCUCUUCAUCGCGCUCAACGACGAAAAAUUCAAAGUGCGCGAGGUGGCCAUCGUCAUCAUCGGCCGACUUGCCAAGCACAAUCCUGCCUACGUGAUGCCUUCACUCCGAAAGGCGCUCAUUCAGCUGCUUACCGAGCUCGAGUACUCGACCGUAAGCAGGCACAAGGAGGAAGCUGCCAAAUUGCUCACCGAGGUGGUGCGAGCUUCGCAACGCCUCGUCAAGUCGUACGCGCUGCCGAUGCUGGAGGUGCUGCUGCCCAAGGCGAACGAUCCCAGCGUCGGUGUUGCAGCGAGAGUCAUGGAGUGUCUUGGUGAGCUCGCCAAAGUGGGAGGAGAGGAUCUCGCACCAAACGUCGACCAGCUCAUGCGCCUUGCCAUUGACCAGCUCUCGAGCACGACACCUGGAUCGUCCACGGCAAAACGGGAUGCAGCGCUCAAAACGCUCGGUCUCGUCGCCUCCAAUACUGGCCAUGUCGUCAAUCCGUACCUCACGUACAGGAAUCUGCUCGGGACGGUCGUUAAGAUCCUCAAGAGCGAGCAGUCCAAGCCCGUUCGUCGCGAAACGAUCCGUGUCAUGGGUAUUCUUGGAGCCUUAGAUCCGUACCGGUACAAGCUGCUCGAAAAAAACGGAGACGAAGGGCAGGACGAGACGUCCAAGGGCAGCGGCACGGAUUUGUUCGAGCUCGCCUUGGCAAUCGGCACUUCGACGGACGACUACUACCAAAACAUUGCCAUCGACGCACUCAUCACCAUCCUCAAGGACCCUUCGCUCUCGACGCAUCAUCACGCCGUCAUCGAAGCGAUCAUGUACAUGUUCAAGACGCAGGGUCUCAAGUGUGUCACCUUCUUGCCGCAGAUCAUUCCGGCUUUCCUCAACGUCAUCCGCACCUGCGGCACGGGUCUCUCCGAGUUCUACUUUCAACAGCUCGCUAUUCUCAUCUCGAUCAUCAAGCAGCAUGUUCGCAGCUACCUCGAGCCCAUCUUUGAGCUGGUGCAGGAGAACUGGAAUCCAAACUCGAGCAUCCAGCUCACCAUUGUCUCGCUCGUCGAAGCUGUGGCAAAGGCGCUCGAGGGCGAGUUCAAGUCGUACUUGCCGAUCUUGCUGCCCAACAUGCUCCAGACGCUCGAUGGAGAGAUCACGAGCAAGCGACAGCCUACGUUGCUCCGCAUCCUGCAAGCGUUCUAUGUGUUUGGCUCCAACAUCGAGGAGUAUCUGCAUCUGGUGCUGCCCGUCGUCGUCAAGAUGUUCGAGCGUCCUGAUGCGUCCCAGACGCUCCGACGUGCAGCGAUCUUGACCGUGGGUAAUCUGUCGCGCAAAGUCAGCUUCUGCGACCACGCGUCUCGCGUCAUCCACCCGCUCGUGCGUGUGCUGCCAACGGGGUCACCCGACAUUCGCAACGCGGUCAUGGAGACCUUGUCUGCGCUGGUUGUGCAGCUCGGCGCAUCGUACGCCAUCUUCAUCCCCGUAGUCAACAAGGUGCUCGUGCAGAAUCGCAUCCAACAUACCACGUACGAUCAGCUGGUCACCAAGCUGCUCAACGGCGAGCGCUUGCCGCAAGAUCUAUCUGCGGCCGACAGCGCCUUGGGCAGCAAGAUCGACGAGUCGCCGCAAGCCGAGGCCAACAAGAUGACUGUCAACCAGCAGCAUCUUAAGCAGGCCUGGGAUACGUCGAAAGUGUCGACCAGCGAGGACUGGCAGGAGUGGCUCAGGAGGAUGGCGGUCGAGUUCAUGCGCGAAUCCCCAAGUCAUGCUCUGAGAGCCUGCAGGAGUCUUGCGGAUGUCUACCCAGCCCUGGCGUAUGGUCUCUUCAAUGUCGCUUUCGUGUCUUGCUGGACCGAGUUGUACGAGCAGUACCAGAGCGACCUAGUCAAGGCGCUCGAGACGGCGUUCGAUGCGCCCGAGGUGCCUGGCGAUGUGGUGCACAUGCUGCUCAAUUUGGCCGAGUUCAUGGAGCACGACGACAAGGCGCUGCCCAUCAACAUCCGUGUGCUCGGAGAUCGAGCGUACAAGUUCCACAGCUACGCAAAGGCGCUCCACUACAAGGAGGCCGAGUUCCUGACGGAUCCCUCGCCGCAGGUGGUGGAGAGCCUCAUCGACAUCAACACCAAGCUGCAGCAGUCGGAUGCUGCGUUCGGUGCCCUCACGUACGCACGCGAACAUCUGGAUAUCACCCACCAUGAGGAGUGGUACGAGAAGCUGCAUCGAUGGGAGGAAGCGUUGGCGGCGUACGACCGCAAAGCGAUGCUCGACCCGGACGACUAUGGCGUGGCGUUUGGAAAGAUGCGCUGUCUACACGCUUUGGGAGAGUGGGAGCAUCUCUCGGAUCUCGUGCAGCAGAAAUGGGGCAGGGCGGAUAUGGAGGAUCGUCGACACAUGGCGCCGCUUGCGGCUGCUGCUGCGUGGUCGCUCGGUCAGUGGGAUACCAUGGACGACUACAUUUCGGCCAUGCGGUCCGACUCGUCGGAGCGCUCCUUCUACCGUGCCAUCCUGCACACGCAUCGCUCGCAACGAGGUGCGGCCAACAAGCAGAUCGCCAAGGCGCGAGAGUCUCUCGACUCGGAGCUCACUGCUCUGAUUAGCGAAAGCUACGGCCGAGCGUACGAUCUGAUGGUGCGUACGCAGAUGCUUUCCGAGCUGGAAGAGGCGCUUGCGUACAAGCUCGAUUACAAGGAGCAGCCGGAUCGCCAGGCCACGAUUCGAUCGACCUGGAUGAAGCGCCUCAAGGGAUGCCAGCCCGAGGUGGAGGUGUGGCAGCGCAUUCUUUCCGUGCGUUCAAUCGUGCUCACUCCCGCGGACGAUACCGAGACGUGGAUCAAGUUUGCGAACCUGUGCCGCAAGAGUGGACGCAUGGUGCUGGCUGAAAAGACGCUCAACUCGCUGCUGGGUCCGGAGCGCACGAAUGCCGAUCCGCGCUCGCCGAUCGGGCCGAGAGCGCCGCCGCCGGUCAUCUACGCGCACCUCAAGUUCAUGUGGGCCUCCGGUGCCCGGAUCGAGUCGCUGAGCUACUUGCAGGAAUUCACGCUCAACCUCGCCGAGGAUCUCGGCGUGCACACCGUCGACGAGCACGGCAAUCUGGUCACUCAGGACUGGCAGUCGUCGCCGCGUCUCGGCGAGUUUGCGAGGUUGCUGGCGCGCUGCUUCUUCAAGCAGGGUGAGUGGCAGAUGUCGCUGCGCGAGAACUGGGUGACGGACGACAACAGCAACGUGAUCGAAAGCUAUCGCAGGGCGACGGAGCUGGACCGAAACUGGUACAAGGCGUGGCACGCGUGGGCGCUGGCCAAUUUCGAGAUCAUCUCGCACCACGAGGAGAGGAACGAGCAGAUCACGCCGCAGAUGAUCGCGGCGAGCAUCGUGCCUUCUGUGCAAGGCUUCUUCCGGUCGAUCGCGCUGGCGAGCGGCAACUCGUUGCAGGAUACGCUGCGGUUGCUGACGCUGUGGUUCAAGUAUGGCCAUCAGGAGGAUGUGUCGCAGGCGGUGAGCGAGGGUUUUGCGAGCGUGAUUGUGGAUACCUGGUUGGAGGUGAUUCCGCAGAUCAUUGCGAGGAUCACGGCGCCGUCGCCGAGGGUGCGACGGCUUAUUCACAACUUGUUGUCGGACGUUGGGUUGGCGCAUCCGCAGGCGCUGGUGUAUCCUCUUACGGUGGCUGCGAAGAGUCCGAGCCACAUGCGUAUCCAGGCGGCGAUGGGGAUCAUGGACAAUGUGCGCGAGCACUCGCCGGUUCUUGUCGAGCAGGCGUUGCUGGUGUCGAACGAGCUGAUCCGUGUCGCUAUCCUGUGGCACGAGAUGUGGCACGAGGGACUGGAGGAGGCGUCGAGGCUGUACUUUACAGAGCACAACAUCGACGCCAUGUUUGCCACGCUCGAACCUCUGCACGAUGCACUCGAAAAGGGUCCCGAGACGCUGCGCGAGACGUCGUUCGCUCAGACGCACGGCCGCGACCUGGCAGAGGCGCGCGAGUGCGGUCGACGCUUCCGACAGUACGGCGACAUUUCGGACCUCAAUCAGGCGUGGGAUCUGUACUACCACGUGUUCAAAAAGAUCACCAAGCAGCUGCCGGCGGGCAACUCGGUGCAGCUCGAUCUGCAGUACGUCUCGCCGAAGCUGUUGGCGAUGCGCGACUUGGAGCUGGCGGUGCCGGGAACGUACCAGUCGGGCAAGCCGAUCGUGUGCAUCACUCGGUUCGAGCAGAUCGUCCUGGUCAUUGCGUCGAAGCAGCAUCCGCGACGUCUCAAGAUGAAGGGGUCGGACGGCAAGACGUACCAGUACCUGCUCAAGGGUCACGAGGAUCUGCGUCAGGACGAACGUGUGAUGCAGCUCUUCGGUCUGGUCAACACGCUUCUAUCGAUCGAUUCGGAGAGUUACAAGCGGAGGUUGGAGAUCCGACGGUUCCCAGUGAUCCCGUUGUCGCCGAACACGGGUAUGCUUGGGUGGGUGGAGAACACCGAUACGCUGCACGUGCUCAUCAAGGAAUACCGAGAGCAGCAUAAGAUCCUGCUCAACAUCGAGCAUCGACUGAUGCUCCAAAUGGCGCCGGACUACGACCAUCUGACGCUGAUGCAGAAGGUGGAGGUGUUCGAGUAUGCGUUGGACAACACACCGGGGCAGGAUCUGUAUCGGGUGUUGUGGUUGAAGUCGCGCAACUCGGAGUCGUGGUUGGAGCGUAGGUUGGCGUAUACGCGGUCGCUGGCGGUGUCUUCGGUGGCAGGCUACAUUCUGGGGUUGGGUGAUCGACAUCCGUCCAACUUGCUGUUGGAUCGUUUGACGGGGCAGAUCGUCCAUAUCGACUUUGGCGAUUGCUUCGAGAUCGCUUGUCACAGGCCCAAGUUCCCGGAGAAGGUUCCGUUCAGGUUGACGAGGAUGUUGGUGAACGCGAUGGAGGUUGGGGGCAUCAAGGGGACGUUCAAGGUGACGGCGGAAAAUACGAUGAGGGUGUUGAGGGAUAAUAAGGAAUCGGUGUUGGCGUUGUUGGAGGCGUUUGUGCAUGAUCCGUUGAUCUCGUGGAGGUUGGUGGCGGAUGAUGCGGAGAGGGCGCCGGAUGCGCAGGAGAACGAGGCUAUUGGGGCGGGAGAUGGUGGAGGUGCGGGAGAGGGGGCUGUCACGGGUGCGGCGAACGUGGGGGCUGGAGGGACGGUUGCUCCAAACCAACGCGAGUCUGGCGCUGGAAGUGCGGCGGCAGGCGGCAGUGGUGGUGGUGGCGCGAUCGCCGCUCCUCCCACGGCUGCAGGCCCGCAGGCAGCGGGGGGUGCAGCACCAGCACCAGGCGGCGCAGCAGGCGCAGGUCAGGAUGUUAGGAACAAGAAGGCACUCGAAGUCGUCCGUCGCAUCCAGAACAAGUUGGGCGGUCGAGACUUUAAUCCAGCGGAAAGCCUCAGUGUGGCAGCACAGAUCGAGAGGCUCGUUCAGGAUGCCACGAGCAAGGAGAAUCUUUGCGUGGCGUUUGUAGGGUGGUGCUCGUUUUGGUAA